AUGCCCGCCGCCGUAGCAACCCCGAAGAAUCGCGACCGCCGGCCUGCGAAAAAACCCAAGUUGGCGCAAUCGCCUGCGACAGUCCGCCAAAAUGGUCUCAAAGCUUUAGUAAAUGGAAAUGCAGCCAAGCCCACAGCGAAGAUAAACGGUGUCAAGAAUGCGCAGGCAGACCGAGUCGACGACGCCACUGCUGUUGUGGAAGGACCUGCCGAUGCGCACAUGGUGGACGCGGACGUCAUAGAGAUCAGCAGCGCCGAGGAAGAGAGCGAUGACGACUCGGACAGCGCGCAAGAAGAUCCCACACAGACCAAUGCUGAGAACGACGCUGCUGCGGAUGACGAGAAUGGCGCGGAACCGGAGGAGCUCACAUUCGGGGACCGAUUACGCGCAGAAGGCCCUGAGCCUGUCCAAGAGUCGCGAAUUAUAAGCGUCGAAGACGCCUUCGACCCCAACCCGGAGCGCGCAGUAACUGCGACAAAGAACCGCACACUUGCACCACCGAAUGCAAACUCUCUCGGCACCGUUCUCACUCAAGCCCUGCGCACCAACGACAAGGAGCUCCUCGAUUCAUGUCUUCAGGUGGUCGAUGUAGAGUCGGUCUACGCUACCGUCGAACGGUUGCCAUCGCCGUUGGUUGGAACACUACUGCAGAGAUUGGCUGAGAGGCUACACCGAAGUCCCGGUCGAGCAGGCAUGUUGAUGGCCUGGGUACAAUGGAGUCUUGCCGCCCACGGAGGAUACCUCGCUUCCCAGCCCCAAAUCGUCAAGCAACUCACCGCACUGAACAAAGUUUUGAAGGAACGCUCGAGCGGGCUGAUGCCGCUCAUGUCAUUGAAGGGUCGUCUGGAUAUGCUACAAGCUCAGCUUGACCUCAGGAAACGGAACCAAGCCGCCAACGACGAUGCGGACGAAGCACUGGUAUACGUCGAGGGACAGGACGAUUACGUCUCUGAUGACGAGUCGAUUGAGGGAGCCACUGCAACCCCGAAGCGAUCGCGCCCCGAGAUGGAGGAGGACGAUGAAAGCUCGUCGGACGAUAUGGGCCUGAACAUGGAGAUGGAUGACGUCUCCGACGAGGGUAGUGAAGGUUCUGACGAGGACCUCAUCGACGAUGAGGCAGAAGAGACGGAUGAUGACGAGGGCGGAGACAUGUCAGAGCCUAUGAGCGAUGACUUGGACGACGGUGAAUCGGAGAGCGGAGACGAAUCGAAACCGGAGCGACGAUCAACAGCUGCUCGGGCUGGACUCAAAAGCCGGCGCUGA